UAAUGCUAGCCAUCCGGGAUGAAUACGUAAAGGUUUUAGUCUUGACCUCUAAAGAUGGCUUCCACUGCACCAAAAUCAUCGGAACCGAAUUCCAUUAAAGAAGUAUUCAAAACACUAAGUUACGGACCAGCACCAGAAGCAGAUAAUGUUGCACAGGCGUGGCUAGAUGAUCAUGAGAGGAGUUUUGGACAUUUUAUUGAUGGAAAAUGGGUAAAACCAGAAGGCAGGAAAACAUAUCAAACAAAAAACCCAGCUACUGGUCAGACUUUAGCUUCCACUUUACAGGGCACUAAAGAGGAUGUAGAUCUGGCCGUGAAGUCAUCGAGGAAAGCUUAUGAGUCGUGGAGUAAAACACCACCUCAUGUCCGAGCUCGAUACAUGUACAGUGUGGCUAGACAUAUUCAGAAGCAUCAGCGUCUGAUAACGGUUGUUGAAUCUAUGGACAAUGGUAAACCUUUCCGUGAAAGCCGUGAUGCUGAUAUUCCAACUGUAGUGCGACACUGGUACCACCAUGCUGGAUGGGCACAACUAAUGGAAUCUGAGAUGAGGGGUUGGCAAUCUAUUGGUGUUAUUGGAGCCAUUGUACCGUGGAAUUUCCCACUUAUGUUGCUUACAUGGAAGGUGUGCCCUGCAUUGGCCAUGGGCAAUACAAUAACUCUGAAACCAGCAACCUACACGCGACUCUCUGCCUUGCUACUGGCUGAGAUCUGUUCGGAGGCUGGCCUGCCACCUGGUGUGUUUAACGUGAUCACAGGAAGUGGACAGAUGGGCAGUAUGCUGGCUUCUCAUGAUGACGUGGACAAAGUGGCUUUCACAGGCUCAACCGGGGUGGGUCAGACAUUGAGGAGAUUGAUAGCAGGCACUGGUAAGAAGUUGUCACUAGAACUUGGUGGUAAAUCAGCUGUUAUAGUAUUUGACUCGGCUGAUCUAGACAGUACAGUGGAAGGUCUGGUUGAUGCGAUCUGGUUUAAUCAGGGACAGGUAUGCAGUGCCGGGUCAAGGCUUCUAGUACAGGAGUCAGUGUAUGGUAGACUGGUAGGAAAACUGAAAACUAGACUGACCCACUUUAGAGUAGGAGACAGUCUUGAUAAAACAGUUGAUAUGGGUGCCAUAGUGGAUGACUCACAGAAGAAAUCAAUAGAUGAAUAUGUAGAAGAUGCUCGUAGAGAAGGGGCAGAGGUUUACCAAGCAUCAGCAUGUAUUCCAGUCAGAGGAUGUUUUUAUCCACCAACGCUAAUAACAAAUGUUCAGACUGUUUCUAGAGUUGUAGCAGAAGAGAUAUUUGGUCCAGUAUUGGUAGUAUUACCAUUUAGAACAGCAAAAGAAGCUAUCACACUAGCAAACAACUCUAUGUAUGGUCUGGGUGGUAGUGUGUGGACAGAAAAUAUCUCACUUGCCAUGGAAGUGGCUAUCAGUAUUAAAACAGGUACAAUGUGGAUUAACUCACACAACAUGUUUGAUGCCGCAGCAGGUUUUGGUGGAUAUAAACAGAGUGGAUAUGGUAGAGAUGGAGGGAAAGAGGGAUUGUAUGAAUAUGUUAGGCCAGCUUGGGAGUCACGUCCACGUCCUGCAAAUGUUGAACUUGAUUUGAAGACAUUUGGUGCAACCAUAGGUAGCAGGCCUAAUGUCGGUGGUAAUGAAUGUGGCAAGGGAGAAAUACCGAAGAUUGAUCACACAUAUAAGAUGUAUUAUGGUGGAGCACAAAAGAGACCAGAUGCUCCGUAUUCACGCCCUGUCACCAAUCCCGACGGUAAAGUUAUAGGUCAUGUUGGAGAAGGUAACAGGAAAGAUAUCAGAAAUGCAGUAGAGGCAGCUCAUAGUGCUGCUCCAGGGUGGGGAAAGAGAGCGGCCCAUAAUCGGGCACAGAUUGUUUACUACAUGGCAGAGAAUCUUGAGAUCAGGAAACAAGAGUUUGCAGGUAGAAUACAAGAAAUGACAGGAAAGUCACUAGAGGAAGCUCUGAGAGAAGUUGAUGUUUCUAUAAAUAGGUUAUUCCAUUGGGGAGCUUAUUGUGAUAAAUAUGGUGGUUCAGUACAGGAAACCACAUUAUAUGGAGCAACAGUAAAGAUACAUGAGCCAGUAGGUGUGAUAGGUAUUGCCUGUCCGGAUCAGUACCCGUUACUUGCCUUUGUGUCGUUAUUUGCCCCAGCUGUGAUCCGAGGUAACACAGUGGUGAUUGUACCAAGUGAGAAAUAUCCGUUACUUGCCCUCGAUCUUUAUCAGAUAUUUGAUACAUCUGAUCUACCAGGGGGUGUUGUCAACAUUAUCACAGGAGACAGGGACCAUCUCACCAAGUUUCUAGCGGAACAUCAGGACAUUCAGUCUAUGUGGUAUUUCGGUGGUGCCGAGGGAUCGAAAUACGUUGAAUACAUAUCUGCUGAGAAUGUGAAACGUACUUGGGUAAAUUAUGGUAUUGAGAGAGAUUGGGAGGACUGCGAACAAGGUCAAGGUGAAGAAUUCUUGUAUCAUUCCAUUCAGGUGAAAAAUAUCUGGAUACCUAUGGGAGAUGUGUUUGCUAACUAAACUUCUCUACAUAUCUAUUAUGUAGAGGUGAUAAAAAAGCAAAUGACUGUUAAAAAGUAGCGGUUGACAUUCCCAAAUAUACUUACUGGAUGUUAAUUUUAUUUACCUUUUUUUUCGAAAGAAAAAAUUUUUUUGUUAUUUUUUUCAAGACAAUCUCAAGUCAUUAUGAGUUAAAGACACAUUAUGCCUCAGAAACAAUUUAAUUUUUACUUCUUUAUAAAGGGUUAAUUAAAUAAUAUGAAUUUCAUAACAUUUAAACCAUGGUUUAAGAGCAUAUCAGAUGCUUUGUUACCUGAGGAAAGUAGCAUUAAAUGUGAAACAAUUCAAUUAAUUUGCGAAUGAGUAAUCUAAUGGAAACAAUUAAAGUACACGGAAAUAAGUUUUUGAGAAAUUCAAGUAUUUCUGGGGCAUAAUGGGCCUUCAAAUAAUCUUGAUAGAAACAGCUACAACAUGUGUUUGUUUAUAUCAAACAUUAAUAACUGAAUUUAUGUAUCUUUGUUAACAUUUUAUAAAAAGGAGAAUCUUGUUGAAAUGAAAAGAUUUGUUAACUUGUUUUGGACUGUAAUAUAGAAUGUUGUUUUUGUUUUUUUUUAUUAUGGCAGCUGUGCUUUCAUAGAUUGUGUAUGAAUUAACUACCAAUAAUAUAAUGGAAAUAAUGUAAUCAUGUUUGAUGCUAGAUUAUGUUGAUACUUUGUGAUAUACCCAGUUACAGUGUUGAAUCUAGUACAGGGACAAAAUUAGGGCACCUGACAAUAUAAUUAGAAUAAAUUAGAUUAAUCACUAUUUACAAAAAAAAUGUUUUUUGUUUGUGGUAUUUUACAGAAGAAUGUAUGUAAACUGUAUAUAUAUGUGUAUAUAUUUGUAUGUAUUUGGGUAUUCAGCUAAAAAUUUAUAUCCUAGAAGUUUUGGUAUCUAUGUAAGAAUCUCUUUGUUUGUUUCUUUGAUUUAAUUUAGCAACCAAUUUGUUUUAUUAUUUGUUUUAUUACAGAACAGUAUUUGAUGUGAACUUUUUUUUACAUAAAUCAGUAUUUAGAUUAUUUUAGAAAUCUCGGUGAAGACCUUCAAACUUUUAUGGAUAAAUGUUUUUGGUUUGAACUUAACCCUAAUUUUGUUAAUGUCAGUCAUUAUUUUGUCAGUUUUAUUUCACUUCAGUUAAAGAACGUAGUGUAAUAAAUGAUGAAUUUACAUUUUAGAAGGGGACAUUGAUUGAUCGGUAUAUUCAGAAUUUAUUUUUUUAAGUUCGAUUUUGAAAAAAAGCUAUUAGUUUAUAGGCACACUCUGGAAUCUGUACCAGUACUGAGCAAUGUGUAUAAAGUUUCUUACACAAGGAAACAUCGGCUUGCCCCUGACAUGGUUUGAACCUACACAGAAAGUGAUAUAUAGAUUACUAAUGGCAUGCAUUUACUAGUGGAUAUGUUGAUGUAGCCAAUGGUCACAUAAAUAUGUAUUUUUGUUUAUGUUUUAACUGUUUGUAAGUUUUAUGCUACUCUUAUACCAAAUUUGUUUUGGAAAAAAAAUAUAUUGUAAUUGUAGAUGUCAGAAAUUGAAUGUAAAAAUUCAUGUUGGAUAUGUAUUUUAUACUGUUCUGUAUGCUAGUCAUGUACUAUGAUUUAGAAAGUGUUCAUACAUUAUUUUCAUUUUUAAUAGUACUCAGGUGAUAUGUUAUAGUCAACCUUUGUUUUCUUGUUAAAGGAACUCCACCAAGGUCAAAAA